AUGAGCUCCUCCGAUACCAACAACGUAGCUCUUCGACGUUUACAAGGUGUUGCCAACCAUCUUGGUGAUGACGCUCAUUUUGAAAACUUGAGAAUCCAUCGCGCUCAAGGCCAAGCACCCUAUACAACACCCUUGAACCCGAUACGGUGGUUGCUACGUAGUGCGAUGGUUUAUAAAAACAAGGUUGCCAUGAUUGAUGGAGAUCGGCAGUUUACAUACCAAGCACUAGCCGAGCGUGUACAUCGACUUGCAAAUGUAUUGAUUGACCAAUACAGUGUUCAACCAGGAGAUCGAGUGGCGAUUUUGUGUCAAAAUGUGCCAGCCUUUCUUGAAAGCAAGUAUGCUGUGCCUGCAGCAGGUGGCGUUUUGGUUCCCCUGAAUACGCGACUUGCAGCAGCCGAGAUUGAUUAUGUGAUUGCACAUUCUGGAGCCAGUGUGUUGGUUGUGCAAGAAGAUUUAUUAUCGCGUGUAUCACCCAAAGCGAGACAACAAGUCAAGAUGAUUACGGUUCAACCGACGAAUACGACAUUAUGUGCAUAUGAGCAACUGAUUCAAAGUUGCACAAAGCCCCGUCUCAGCUGGAAUGCAUUGCCGCUUACACAAGAUGAAAAUGCAUUAUUAUCAAUCAACUACACGUCUGGUUCCACAGGUCGUCCCAAGGGUGUCAUGGUGUCGUAUCGAUCAUGCUACAUGAUGGCCGUCUCCAUGUGCAUGCAAGCACGCGUUACUCCUGAAACGGUCUAUUUGUGGACGCUGCCCAUGUUUCACUGCAACGGUUGGAAUUUCCCUUGGGCCCUCGUAUCCAUGGGUGCCACACAAGUGAUGCUAAAUGGCAUUGAUUACACGUUGAUCUGGAAGAUGCUAAAGACCCAUGGUAUCACUCACUAUUGCGGUGCACCCACAGUACAAAAUGAAAUCUGCAACCACAAAGAUGCUGUGCGACUUGAUCGCAAAGUGCUUACAUUUAGUGGAGGUGCUGCAUUGUCAAGUACUCGCAUCAAACGUCUCCAUGACUUGAACAUUGAGCCUACUCAAGUGUACGGCCUUACCGAAACCAUGGGUCCUUGUGUUCUUAGUUAUGACAACGCGGCUAUCGCACAAUAUCCCAAGGAUCAGCAUUUGACACUUGCAGCACGUAUUGGCUAUGGUACAGCGAUUUGCGAUGAAAUGCGUGUUCUUGAUAAGGAAACGGCUCUGGACGUACCACCUGAUGGCAAGACGGUGGGCGAGAUUUGCAUCACUGGAAACCUUGUUAUGCUCGGGUACUACAAUGACCCCGAAGAAACCGCCAAAGCUUUUCGUCAUGGUGUGUUCUGGACAGGCGAUUUGGGAGUACGGCAUACGGAUGGGUCUGUGGAAAUCGUGGAUCGUUCCAAAGAUGUGGUCGUCUCAGGUGGUGAGAACAUCAGUUCAAUCGAAGUUGAAAACGUCGUUGUACAAAUGGAUGCUGUGUCGGAAUGUGCCAUCAUUGCAGGUCCAGAUGAAAAAUGGGGUGAACGUCCUUAUGCAUUCGUUAUUCUCAAGCAAGGCCAAUCCUUAACUGAAGCCGCUGUCAUUGAGCAUUGCCGGAAAAACUUGGCUGGUUACAAGUGCCCCUCCAAAGUCAUCUUCACCAACAACAUCCCAAAGACGAGCACCGGCAAGUACCAAAAGUUUGUUUUACGUGAACAACUAUGGAAAUCAUAUUCGAAACGUGUCAAUUGA